CGAGGAUCGAGGAUUCGAACGCGCGACGUUCUCGCUGGUUUUGUUAUUUUUCGCCGGUCGAUUUGUGUGUGUGUGUUUUUUUUUUGUACGGCGAGUUCGUCGGUGCCGGUUGUUCGAAGGGGAUUUUUCGUUAGUAUUUUAUUAUUAUUUUUUUUAACCAGCGGUUUUUCGCGGUUGUGGUGGAUGUUGUUUCGGUGGGUUUAGUGGACUUUGCGGUGCAACGUGGGGGAGGUUUUUACUUCGUUUGAUUCUAUUUUAAAGACGACACCGACUCGAUCAGCAAAUUCCUAGUGCUGAAAGCGAAACAACAAGGCUCUUCUGACAACAUCUCCGUGAUAGUUGUAUUCCUCCGAGAACCCUCGAAAAUAGCGGCGGAAGCCCAUUGGGCCAACCGCAACCUGUAUACUAUGGAAGAGGGAUUGAACAACGCCAACAAUCCGAACCCCUUCGGCUGCGCCAACGGUUCGCCGGCCGCCAAAACCGAAGGAGGCCUGCACAAGCAGAACGGUUUGGCGCAGGAGCAGAUGUUCGAGAAGUCCAACGGCAAGCGAUUGGCUUCGGAAUUCGAUGAACAAGACGACGAUUUCGGCCCGGAAACGGACGUAGACGCCGUCGACGAUGUCAUUCCAGUUACAACAGGUACGAAGUGCGAGGUGCCGAAGAGUUUCGCCGAAUGCUUCGAUCCGAUCAGCAAUUACUCGGGCUUCGAAGAAGAGGGCGUUUGCAAUCCGUUCGUGGAGCACCAGGAGAAGGCCAGCGCCGAGAUGCAGAAGGUGAAGAAGAAAGUGGAGUUUCAGGAGGACGAGGAACGGGAGGCGCGCGAGGAGACGCCGACGCCUCCGGCCGACGCCGUUCACGAUGCUAGCGGUUUAGUGGACAGCGAAUCGGAGGACGAGUGGAACUAUUUCAAAGGAGGCGAAGCCGACAAGGAGAACGUAUCCCCGCAGCUGGAAAAGGAGGUGGCAGACAUAGCGGAAGAGGACGAUACCAUGUCGCAGCUGAAUCCGAACGCUGCGGAGUUUGUGCCCGUGUCGCCGACGAGGAACGUCGCCUCGCCGCCGAGCUGUAUUAGAGGCCUGAACGAGGCCAUCAUUUCGGAGUCGCCGAAGAAGGCCAUCGACAUCGAUAUCAGCUUGCCGAACGUUCGGGACUUCGAGAAGGAGGUGAAAUCCAGACCGGGCGAUAUCAAUUUGAGCGAUGGCAGUAUAAGUAAAAGUAGUACGUCCGACAGUUCAAGUUCGAACGUGUAUAGAUCAUUCGAAGAUUUACCGACAAUUUGUUCUUCGAGAGAUAACCCAUCGAAGGAUUUAAUGGAGAACAUAUUAAACGGCAAGAACAUCGACGAGAUACCGGAAUUCCAGCCGAACAGCGACAGCCCGAAGAAAGUCUUCCAAACCGAUGAAUUCCACUUUGGACCGAAGGCGCUGCCCUUCAUCAACAAACCGAACGAGCAAGACGACUCGAGCACCGCCGAUUCCUGCGCUUCGAUCGACCCGGCGACGGCGUCGCCCGAUCUGAACAAAUUGCACGACAUACCGGACGAUUUGGAGAAGUUUUUAGAAUCCGAUAACGACAUUUCGAACGAUACGUCCGAUCGCGGCGCGUCGCGCGAACCCCACAAAGACAACGACGCCUUCAAAUUGUCGUCGAACUUCGACAACGAGAAAGAACUGGCGUCGCCGUUGGAAUCCGAACGAGACGCUUUGAAAUCCGACGAACCGAAACUUCUGCCCAACAUCGAUUUUUUGAACGUCUCCUCCGAAGACCGUCCCAACGACGUCGCGCGGGAUUUGCUCAACUCCGUCGAAUCCGAAUCGAUUUGUUGCUCCAACGAAUCCAACACGGUCGAGUCGAGUCGAGACUCCUACGACGUCCUAUCGAAGUCUCCGGCGCCUCUGGAAAGCGACUACACUCGCCCGGAGGCGCUCGAGCUGGCCCGGCAGUCGUUCGAAGAGCUCUGCUCGGCCGAGCCGCCGCCGCGCGACUUGCAAAGGGAGACUUCCGUGGACGCCACGCCCGCCGAAUUGAUCCGAGAGGCCGACGCGCGGUUCGAGGAGCUGUGCAAGCCCUUGGAGUCGCCGCUGGAGGAGGUCACGUCUUCGGUUAAGGACGAUUUGUCCGAGGGAACGGGAGAUAACGACAACGGCGACGUCAGAUUAAUAGAUACCGAUGAUCGUUUGGUGGCCGAUGUAGCUCCCGAGCCGGAGCCGAUUAUCGCCGAGAAUGAGCCAACGAAAGUAGAGAACUUAGUCGAAUUACCUAAGGAAGAGGUCAAUGUGAUGGUUCCUUCGAUUGAACACGAUGAGGACGAAAGUUUGUUGAAAUCCUGCGAUAUAAAGACUGAACCUAUUCUCGAACCUACGGUCGUCGCGCCUGAAGCACCUAAAAUAGAUGAUACACCAGAAACAAGUUCGAAAAAUACCAAGCUUAUUAUACCCCCCCAAACUACGGUCGCCUCCAUUAUCCUCAAUAACCUCGAAAUACCCCUGGCCGGUAGCUCGUCAGCCCAAGCCGCCUUCAGAAGAGAAAUAAUCGGAACUAGCGACAUUAACAAGUCCUUCGGCUCCCUGGUACCGCGCGACCGCGAUUCCGCAUUAAUAUCGACGAUAAUAUUGAAUUCGUCGGACGUAAAUAACUUGUAUACGAAUGCGAUUCCUCGCCUUCUAACCGAGAGUUUUAAAUUGUUUGUCCCUAACGCUACGCGUUUGACAUUGUCCAUGGGGAAGGAAAAUAAAAUACCGGAAAUCGUUGCUUCCUCUUCGGAAAUUAAAAUCGAAGAUGAAUUUAAUCUUCCCGAAUCGAUCGAAGAAAACGAUUACCAGCCCUUCUACGAUUACUCCCAUUUGUUCCCCGCUAGCGAAGCUUUAGUGCUCGACGGGGAUUUGUACGCGAUAAACGACGAGGAAUCUCUAUCGCCCGAAGAAAAUCGCAUUGUGGCGCUCAAGCAACUUCUGCAGCAAGUCAUAAGAACCGAAGAGCGACCGCAAUCGUCGAUCGAGUCGUCAUCGACGCCCGCCGACGAAACCGACAAUUCCCACGUGAACGCGGCGUCGGAUUGCAAAAACUGCGGCGACCGAUUGAACUCCACGAUUUUGGUAUCGAAAGGGAUCUGCAUCAACCCGGAGAUGCACUGUCACAUGGAAAACAUGCAAUCGGUGGUGAGCGAAACGGAUUUGUUGGACUACCAAAGAACCGCCGACGAAUACGGAUUCGUCCGUUGGCCGAGCACCAUCGAAGAAAAGGGCAUCUUCGUCGAACCGACGUCUCGCAACGAGGACGCCAGCGACAAUCGCGCCGACGAAAAGAUCCAAUCGAAGAGCGUCCACUUCGUGGACGUCGACGGAGCGUCCAACGCCGAAUUGGGCUACACGUUGGAGGACAACGAUUGCUCGUCGAACUCGGACAUUUUCCCCAAUCGAUCGGCCAGCGGCGAUCGAUUCGAUUCCGUAGCGAGCGAUAAAUCCGAACUGGCGGAGGUCGAGUACGCCAAAUCGCUGAUGAACCAAUUGAUCGACACCAUCUCGGCGAAUCUGCAGGACAACAAACUGAAGACUUCCAACACGUUGAUGGUGUACAUGCUGAGGAGCGGGAUAGAGAAAUUGAAGCAAACCAAAUCGCUACCGGAUUCGUUUAGCAACAAGAAGAAGAGGAAGCAACCGGUUAGCGAUUGCGUGGAAACUAACGAAGACAACCAGGAUACCGUCAAAUCUUCGAUGUCUGAUAGUUUUCGACCCGUUUGCGACUACUCGUUUCUACCGUCGACUUCUAACAACGAUGGAAAUAUCGUUAUACCGGCACCGGAAAAGAAUGAUAUCGAUGCUACAGAUGAAUCUCGAAUAGGUCGUGGAUCGUCGGUCGUUCCUACCGGCUUGGAUCGGCUGGAGAAGCCUCUAGCUGAUGAUGCAACUGAUAAAUCGAUUACCGUUUCGAAUCGGGUCGAGAAGGUUGUGAAUUUCGAUGAUAACACAGCGCCUUUUGAGCGUUCUACUCGCGUUUCUUCUGCUGUUGGUGCAGUUCAAGGUGUGAUUGAUUGCGAUUACUCUUUGGUACCGCGUAUCGAAGAUUCUGAUUUACCUCGGCCUGUAAUGAAGGUUGACGGUGCUUUAGAUUGCGAUUUUUCGUUGGUGCCUUCCGUCGAUUACGAUUCCAAUUCGGCUAGUUGUCCUAUAGUUAAUUUAGGGAAGGUUAAAGACGAUUAUUCUGCAUUCGACGUUCCGGAUAGCGAGUAUUAUCCUUCGGCUCCUUUAGAUGACGGGGUGAAACCUUUGCAAAACGAUUUUAGUAAGUUCAAAACGUUUUCUCCGUCUGCCGAUGUGCGGGAAUUUAUUAGCAAAGGGCCGGAUUGCGAUUAUUCGUUGAUACCUUUCAUUGACGAUACUAAAAUAACUCCAGUUAAUGCUGUUGAAAACGAUGUUAGGGCUACUACUUACGAUUGCGAUUACUCUUUGAUUCCUUCCGUCGAUGGUGCUAAAAUAAGCGGUAAUAGUUCGCAAGUAAUCGAGAAUGUUCAACCGUUUGUUCUUUUUCCUAAAAACGAGAAUAUCGCACCGCCUGCAAAUAAAAAAUAUAAAUAUUUCGGAAGUCCAUCGUUUCCCUCGAUUGGCGUUGAACAGGUUGAUGAUUCGACUUCCAUUCUUUUACUAGCAGGUAAAGUUCCUCUAGAUGUACGUGAAAAUGUGUCAUUAGCAGAUACGCGUCAACCAGUUUGUGAUAAUUCCUUCGUCCCUCCAACUAAUAAAAUAAAGGACUUGUCAUCACUCGAUGAACACCGACCAGUUUGUGACUAUUCAUUCGCUCUUCCUUCCGACGAAAAGGAUGACUUGUCAUCACUUGAUGGAUUCGGACUAAUUUGUGACUAUUCAUUCGCCCUUCCAACCGAAGAAAAGGAGAACUCAUCGCUCGACGAAUACCAACCGAUUUGCGACUAUUCAUUCGCCCUUCCAACCGAAGAAAAAAACAACUCACCACCUGAGGAAUAUGUGCCGGUUUGUGACUAUUCAUACCAACUUCCUUUCGAACUUAUCCAUACAACUUCAUCGAGUGAGGUGUAUCAACCGAUUUGCGACUAUUCUUUCGCCCUUCCAACCGAAGAGAAGAAUACUUCACCACCUGAGGAAUAUGUACCGGUUUGCGACUAUUCGUACCAUCUUCCUUUCGAGCUUAUCUAUACAACCUCAUCGAACGAGGUGUAUCACCCGGUUUGCGACUACUCGUUUUCUCUACCCACCACUUGCUCGUCUAUUCCCGCUGUCGAUAUUCGCGAUCAACCGGAUUGCGAUUAUUCCUUAACACCGAUCGUCGCUUCCGACGCGCCGAAGAGCGUAGAAAACGAAUUGGUUAUCAAAAGAGUGGCUUCGUUUACCGAGAUUCGCGAGCCCGUUGGGAACCAGCCGGUACCAGUCGUCGAUAGCAAAGCGACCGCUUCUAAAGUUCGUAAAGGAGCGGUACAGUUUCGAGACGAUUCUCCGGCUGUGGAGGUGGAGAAGCCGCCGAUUCCUAUCGUAGAAUUUAGCGAAAUCGUUUCUCUUGUGUUUAACAUGUCUGAUGGUGUAGCGAGGGUUAUGGGCGAUGCGGAUAACGUGCCGUCUUUGGUUGGGAACUUUUACAGCCCCGUUUGUGACUAUUCAUUUACUUUACCCGGUGACAACGAAGACGUUACUUUUAAAUACGAUGACUUUGAACCAGUUUGUGACUAUUCGUUUAGUUUACCUACAGACAACGACGAGACUUCGAUGAAAUCUACUGACGACUACAAGCCCGUUUGUGAUCACCAUUCGUUUUCUUUGCCUCUAUCAUUACCUUUCACCGACUUUAGGAAUUAUAGUUUAGACAUUGACAAUCCUACGUAUGAAAAGUACCAACCAGUUUUCGACUACUCGUUUAGUUAUCCCGUCGAUGAUACUGCCGUGAAUGAUUCCCCGACCGUUUGUGACUCGUUUUCGUUUAUUCUCGACGACGAUCCGUUGUCGAAUAAACGCGAUUUAUCGUUGUGUUACACCGAUUUCAGGAAUUACAGUUUAGACUGUAACAAUCCUACGUUUGAGAGGUACCAACCGGUUUAUGAUUACUCGUUUUGUCAUCCCGUCGACGAUGCUAUUGUUGUUAGUGAUAGUUCUAAGCCCGUUCGUGAUUCGUUAUAUUCCAUCACUACCGAUGAUAACGUCGACGACAGAGAUAAUUUCCCUUCGGGUUUCACAGAUUCCGGGAAUUAUAGUUUAGAUAUCGACAAUCCUACGUUCGAGAAGCACCAACCUGUUUUGGAUCACUCGAUCAAACCAAUUUGUGGCUCUGCAUUUUCUUUUCCCGUCGAAAACGAGGCCGAUGUUUCGCCAGCAAUCGAUCGGAAUCAAUCGUUUGGUCUUUGCGAUGACCGUAAACCCUCUUCGUCUCUUCCUAUUGAGCAUGGCGUCGCUCAAAAUGAUUCUCCUGUGAUUGAAGAAUGUGAAUUUGUCAAUAACCAAUCGAUUGCUCUUCCUACGUACGGCAUAGUAGCAUCAUCGAUUGACAAUGUCCGGGAGGUUCCCUGUUCUCUUCCUAACGACAUCGAUGGCAUUUCUCUAGUUAUUGAGGAUUAUAUGAUGCCAAUUAAAGCAAGUGAAGACGUUUUAUCGUUGACUGACAUGUACCAGCCGGUUUGUGACUACUCGUUUGCUCUUCCCGGCGAAGAAAGGGAAGAUUUGUCGCAGUCAGUUGACGGUUAUCUGCCUGUUUGUGAUUAUUCGUACGCUCUUCCCGGUGAAAGUAUGGAAGAUUUGUCACAACCCGACAGUUAUCGACCCGUUUGUGAUUAUUCGUACGCUCUUCCCGGUGAAAGUAUGGAAGAUUUGUCACAACCCGACAGUUAUCGACCUGUUUGUGAUUAUUCGUAUGCUCUUCCCGGUGAAAGUAAGGAAGAUUUGUCACAACCCGACAGUUAUCGGCCUGUUUGUGAUUAUUCGUUCGCUCUUCCCGGUGAAAGUAAGGAAGAUUUGUCACAGUCGCCCGAUGAUUAUUGGCCUGUUUGUGAUUAUUCGUUUGCUCUUGAUACGGCCGAUUCCAAAAAGGUUGAUGGCGUCGAGAAAGUCGCUUCUGUCGAGGAUAGUUUAAAAUCUGUUGGUGAUUAUAUCGGUUUUACAAUGCUCGUAGAUGAUUGUAGCUCGAUCAGUUUCGUUGAAAUAGGUAAAACUGUCUCUGUAAUGAUUGAUAAAGUUGACGAAGAGAUCGGUUAUGAACCAGUUUCUAGUCGUGAUGAAGCCGGUAAGGAACGAACCGUUGGUUUCACCAAAGAAGCGGAUUCGUUUGCGCCUCCUAUCUCGAAAGUUUAUUCCAACGGUGAGGAAAUUGAGUCUUCCGUGAUUGCGUCUGUGGAGGUUUCUAAGGAUAAAAUUGCUAAAGAAAGUCGCAAUCGCGAAAUGGCCUCUUCUCUGGCCGAUAACCUUCUAGAUGGUAUCGAAAGUGCUUUGGGAAAUAUCGGAAAGGACGCCUCCGGCUUGGUCGACGCUUUCAAAACCAACGAUGCUACGAAAAGCGUCGAAAAGGUUAUCGAAAUUUCCGAAAAACCAUCCAAAAUGUCGCUAUUCGAGGACAUCCCCGACCUUCCGGUGCACCUCGAGGACACUUUCCGACCGGUUUGCGACUACUCGUUCGCCCUACCGGUCGACGAAACCGCGAAGAGCGACCCGCCGGACUAUCGGCCCGUUUGCGACUACUCCUUCGCCCUUUCCACGUCCCCGAUGCCCGACGACAGGGCCGUUUGGGCGUCGGGCGCCUUCCGUCCCGUCUGCGACUACUCCUUCGUCCUGUCCACCGUCGACGAGAACGACGACGCGCUCGAUGCGUCGAUCGACGCCUACCUGCCGGCGUGCGAUUACUCGUUCGCUUUGCCCGUCAAAGGCGGCGACGAGACCGUCAAGAAGUUGAUCAAAAACUAUCGGCGCACUUGCAACAUUGCGCACGCUACUUCAGCGAAGGAGACCAAGCGGUCGCCCGGCACCGCGUCCGAUCGGCCGAUCUGCGAUUACUUCUACGUGCCGUCGGUGUGCGAUCAUCGAUUGCAGACGAACGCCGACGAGCCGCGAUCUACUUGCGAUCGUUCGUCGGGACGGAGCAACCGGAAAGUUGAUGGUAGUAAAAGAACUGGUAGAAACGAUGAUGAUACUGGUAAGAAUGAUGCUGCCAAAAGAGUAGAAAGUACUAAAAUUUGUGUAGAAAAACCCGGUGCUGUCAGUAAAAGUGAAGAUGCUCCUGUCGAAGAUACUAACGAUCCAGUAGAAGAAUCGCCGGAUUCGCACUUGAUCGAAAACAAUUCGGAUCAAUCCUACCGAGAAUACAUCGACCACCUGUCCGAUACCGAUAUCGAACUGAAUUUCUCCGCUUCCGAUACCGAUUAUUACCAAUCGGUGUUCGACGAUACCUACCGGGAGAUCGCGAUCGACGACAAGUACCAGCCGGUGUGCGAUUACUCGUACGACUUGCCGAACGACGAGCACGACGAGCGCGUCCAGCGCGACGAUCACCAGCCGACGUUCGACAACUUGGACGAGCAAAUCACCGUGGAGUUGUCGCCCAGCAAGACGAAAUCGACGUCGGCGACGGAGGCGAAGAGGCCGGCGCUCGCGGGCGAUUUGAUUUCCACCGUCAAGAAGGAGUUUGACGUGCGGAAGCGUGAAGAAUUUCGAUCGGUCGAUUCGAUUGGAAUGUCGAAGGGCAACGCGAUCGAAGCCGAUGGGAAGAAAGCGCCGAACCGGUGGCAAGAGCGCAGUUUGGAUUCCACCGAAAUGAAGGAAGGCCUGUUGGCCGUUACGGAAUUUCAAAACAUCGAUUCGUUGGUGCUACCUUUCACAGUUGAGGAUAAUCGCCCGCCCAACGCUCCCCUAUCCCCGGAUCAGUUUGUUGUUAAUUUCCGAAAGAUUUUGGCCAGCACGCUUGUGUCGGCGUUGUCGAAUUUCAAAAACGAAUUCUCGCAAGAAAUGAAGAAAAUCGACGGCGAUAGCACAGCUACAGCAAUGGCUCGAGUGUUCGAUAAUAUUCACAAAAACGGCACGCAUUUGAGUAAUGUAGUUGAAUGGCUCGUCUGUAAAGCAUUUUUAGACAGCCAAACGACCAAUACGAACGACGCGCAAAAACUCCUGUCCGAAUUGGAAUCCGAAAUGACCGCCAUCGGAAUCACGUCCACCGUGGCCGCCGGCGCCGCCUUGACCGCCGUCCUCACCGAAAAAGAACGACCAGCGCCCGCGGCGGACGUUCCGCAGGAGGCGGAAAAGGAGCCGCUCGAGGAGCACCAGGACAACCAACAAAAGGAGCCCGAGCCGAAAGAGGAAGAAGCGCCGAAAACCAAGCCCGUGACGUCGAAAACCGCCGCCGCCGCCGCCGCCGUCGCCGCCCCCAAGGCGUCCAAGACGGCCGUCAAAGCGCCUUUGUCCAAAACCGCUGCUUCUGCUACUAAUAGACUUGCGAGCAAGACCUCUGUGGCGUCGAAGGCGUCUGGUACGGUGAAAGCGGCCAGUAAAUCGACGUUGGCCGCUAAACCGACUGCUAGAUCUGCGCCGGUCAAAACUGCUGAUAAGGUUCUAAACGGCGAGGCGAAACCUAGCGCUCGACUAACCUCGGCUAGGCGACCGGUGGAAACGGCGUCGAAGCCUAAGCUGCCCGCGCAGACUGCGACAUCGAAGCCGAAUGUGACUAAAGCACCGACGAAAAAAUUGGAACCGACCGCCGUUAAAACUACGAAAUCGGUGGAAAUGAAACAACGCACCGUUGCCAAAAAACCUUUAGAUAAACCAAAUACCGCAGUAUCGGCCGCAACAAAGGUAUCGAACGCGACUAAAGCUCCGUCUAGCGGCGUCGCGACGAAACCGAAACCUAGCACCUUGACAGCCCCGCCGAAGCCUAGAGUACCGUUAACGAAGACUGUUGCGAAAACGGACGCGCCCAAGGCGGAUGCGCAGAAGCAAAACAAGGAGAACGUUAAUAAAUUGAUGGCGUCGAGAACUGCCACGAAACCGGCAUCUUCCAAUGCUAAAAAAGUCGAAACUAAGGAUAAUCUGAAAAAGCAAUUUUUACAAUCGCAUACGAGAUUGUGGUAGUGUACUUUUCCAGACCAGAUUUCCCCCUUUUCGAUGUCUUCCCGUAACCCAUCACUUAUGUACAUUUAAAAGCAAUAUACGAAAAAUAUUUCUUGUUGG